AUGAAGUCCUGGUAUGUUCUUGCUUUUCUGUGGUUGUCAUGUUUCUGCCACAGAGCUCUUUCCUGCCCAGCUCUCUGCACCUGUUAUCCCAGAAGAAAUGAGGUGGUCUGUAAUGAGCUUCCCCUGACAGAGUUCCCCUCUGACGGUCUCCCAGAGAACACCACCCUGCUGACUAUCCAAUUCACAAACAUCACCUCCAUAUCUGAGGCCCAUCUAAAUGCCAUACCCAAGUUGCAAGGGCUCCAUCUGUACAACAAUCACCUGCACAGCCUUCCCUCUCAUCUCCUCAGGGGCGUUCCUCACCUCAACACUUUGGAUCUCACCGGAAACAGGCUAAACAAUCUGCCUGCAGAUGUCUUCAGCCACGCCCCACUACAGAGCUUGGUGCUGAAGAAUAACCUUAUUAGAAAAGCUGAUGCAGAGUGGCUUUCUUAUAACAGUAGCCUGACCUGGUUGGAUUUAUCUGGAAAUGAAUUAACAGAGAUCCCAACUAAUCUGCUUCUGAAGCUGCCCCACCUGGAGAACCUUGACUUCUCAAACAACCAUCUGGAUAAGAUACCAGCAAAUUCUCUGAGUCAACUGAGCAAACUUGAGAGGCUAAGCCUGCAGAACAACAAGCUCGACACGCUGAAUGGAUCUGCAUUUCAGAGCCUGAAUAGCCUCACACAUCUCUUCCUCACUCAGAAUAAACUCAACAAGCUGCCCAAAAACCUGUUCCAGGGACUCACUCAGCUCAGACACCUGAGUCUGGAUGAAAACCAGCUGAGCCAUAUUCCUCCAGGUUUGCUGGAUGAACUUCACUUGCUGGGAGAGGAUGGCCUCGACUUGACAGUCAACCCUUGGCUCUGUGACGGGAAGGCAGAGUAUCUAUGGAGGUGGCUUCACGAGAACAAGAAGAAGGCUUUCUUGCCAGACUCCAUCACAUGCGCUGGACCUCAGCCUCUAGCAGGUCGUUCAAUAAUAUCACUAACAGCAAAUGAACUAAACCUUCAGUCUUAA